GUAGUCAGUUUAGUUUGUGCUCUGAAGUGAUUAAGUGUUAUUGUUACGUAGUGUUCGAAAUGUUUCGUUUGUUGCCAGUGAUCGCUGCAUCCUGCUUCCAGUUGACGGCGCUUCCCGUGGAAAUGUGGUCAAAUAUUUUAAGAUUGUUGGAUCCAUUGUCUUUAUUGGCAACUGCAAGAUCAGAUCCCAGAUUCAAGAGUAUUUGUUUUGGUGACAGCGUGUUGAGAAAUAAUCUCCGAGAUGCUUUGGAAAUUGAAAGACGUCAGGCCGAAGAAAUUAUCCGGAAUCCUGCAAAAUCAAUUACUAUUUCCAGAGAAGAUGCCAAAAGAGUAUUUGGAGCUAACGUUUCCAAGAAGAUCACCAAGAAAUCAGUAAAUUUAAGACACUGUUUACAGGUUCUCAAGAAAAAGCCGAUGAAGGCAGAAAAUAAAAAGAAAAACCAAUGUCUAUCGACUGUUAAGAAAGUUUUUAAUUGUAGAAUUUAAUUUUAGUGUAUAGUAGGUGUAAAAAAUAAGUUGUAUAAUAAAUAUUUUUUUUAUAAUAAAUAUUUUUCCUGUAA